AAAUAACACACUCUAGGGACAUUAAUUUAAACCAUCUGGUUACUCAUCAACAAUUUUACUCCAUUCUUAAUCGCUCAACUCUUCAAGUACAGACUAAACCAUGAGAAUAUCUAACACGAUUUAGGACUUUGCCACCAGAUGUCAAGAUGCUGCUGGUUUUUCUACUUUUGUUGGAUCAAAUUUUAGCAAGUCACCGAAGCUUGGAAAGUGAAACGUGCAAGGUCGAUAUCUCCAAACUCCGCCAUCAGUUACAACGUUUGCAGAAUCAGUUCCUGAUUGGAAGUUGGCGGCUGAAAUAUAUAAAGGAACAUAAUAGCUACAGGAUAAAGGAAAGCACUAAAACAAGAAAGGAGGAACAAGGAAACACAUCACACUUCAUUACACCUAAUCAAACUAUAUAUCACCAUGAUUGCUCUGAGGUAUACAACAGUGGCAGUACCACACGUGGUUAUUACAAAAUUCAGCCGAAGUCUGGUGCUGAACCAAUUCUUGCAUAUUGUGAUAUGUCGGAAGGGGGUGGAUGGACCGUCAUUCAACGUCGCAGCAACGGCAAAGUAAAUUUUAAUAGAGGCUGGGACGACUAUAAAUCAGGCUUUGGAUUAUUUCGAGGGAAGAACGAUGAAUAUUGGCUUGGGAAUGAAAAUAUACACCAGAUUUUGGCUGCAGGCAAGUAUAUAAUUAAGAUAGACCUCACUGAUUGGAAUGGAGAAAAAAGAUAUACAACAUAUGAAAAAUUUAACAUUUCAGAUGAAGAGGAUAAAUACAGGCUAACAUUUGGAAGGUAUUCUGGGACUGCAGGAGAUGCAUUGUCUGGUGGCUUGAUCCCAGAGGAACAAUGGUCAUCUUCUCACAAUGGGAUGCAAUUCAGCACCUUAGACCGGGAUAAUGACAGAUACCUACAGGGGAAUUGUGCUCAAGAAGGUAAAAGUGGCUGGUGGUUUAACAGAUGUCAUUCAGCCAACCUCAAUGGAAAAUAUUAUCAGCAUGGAAACUACACGGCAAAACACGAUAAUGGCGUUCUUUGGAGCACCUGGAAGGGAUUGUGGUACUCUCUGAAGUUCACAACCAUGAAAAUCAGACCACUUUAUUUCUUUGCAGCAUUUGGAAGUGGCGAUUACGACAAUAUCAUUGGCUAGCAUUUACUGCGAAGGAACUGAAUUUCCAUCUAAAAUGCAAAAUCCCAAUGUAAUGAUUAUCAUUUUGUAUAUUUUCUGACAAUAAACUGGUUUUCUAAUUUUGAUCGCAUUUCAAUUAAAGGACAGCUUUCAUCAAAAGAAGUUUUUUUGAUAGGCUCUUCAGAAAUGGCAACUUGGCUGCCUGCAGCAUGUGUCAGAUCCUUAAGAUGCAGUAUAAAAAUGGGUCUACAUUGACGAAAUAAACUGAUAAAAUAAUGGCCAUGGACAUCUUCAAAUUUUAUAUUUGUAUUUCCACAAAAAAGGCAGGAGAGAAAAAUUCUGGCUCAAGUCUGAUACCCUGGGUUUCAUUCCUGAACCUGUCCCUCCCAGACUCAACUUACCAACGGGCUCCAAGCUAUUUUGUCACUUCCCCAACCCUGCAGUGUGGCUACUGAGUGCUAUCUACGCUUAAGUGAAGCUUGGUGCCAGAAUAGUUCAGGGCUUCACGUUGGCACAGACUAGUCAUUAUGUUGUCAUCCUGGGCCAGUAUCUGGUUUUACAAUCGGCAAUUCUAGGCAUUAGUGACCUUACACUAAUAUCAGAAAGUGACCAUGUCCUGGAUUAUCUUUCUGACAUUGAAAUCAAUAUUAAGCACUUGUCUAUUGUUAUAUCUUUAAACAAACAUAAAUCUUGAUGUUUAAGGCAUAAUUUUCAUACUACUUUCAAGUAAGUACUAAAAUUGAAAUCAGCAUUUAUUUCACAAUGCAACAUUUAAAUGGGCCUUAAAGCACUGGAAAUCAGAGCAUCAAUGAAAAUCCGCUGCCAAGCAUUGUAGAGUCUAUGUGCACGUGAGUUUAUAACUUUAUUAUUUGCAGUUUGUAAAACUGUUAUUUGAAGUUCUGCAGCUCCUGCUUUGUUGUCAUCCCUCCUCCCAAAUUGCAUGUACCUGCAUUGUGAGAUCUACAUAAUACAUCCCAGAAGUAGGAAUUGAUUGAUCAUUUGGAAUUUUUUUUUAAACUUGUCAUCUUGUGGUUGUUGGAUUGAAUAAAAUACAAUAAGUUGAAAUGAUUAUAUAAACCAUUUGAGCACUUUCAAGAAUGUAGAAAUGUAAAAUUAUUUCCAUCUAUGUGCUAUUAACUUUCAGGUUGCUAGAUAAUUAAAACAAAAUCUGGGUGGCCAGACCAAGCUGUGUAUUGAAAUAAACGCUGGUGUUACUCUAAUAAAUGUGAACAAAUAUUAAAGAUUUUACUAUUAAUUACAUGUAAUUAAAAUAAACUGUUUAAAUAAGUAAAUUGCUCCAUUAGCAUUUAUGUUCAUCCCAUCUUUUCCCAUCCUCUCUGACUGUAUCACUCAACAAAUUUCUCGCAGUGUUAUAUCUGCUUAAUUAAAUCCAUAUUUGUAAAUGGCUCAGAUCCAACUGAAAAAAUCCAUUUCAACCGACCCUGUUUGGACGCUAUGUUAGCUCACAAUCUCAAUAUUUCAAAAGCAUUUUAAAUGCAUCAAUAUAUGGGUUAAAAUCCAUGCUAAAUCAACCUAAAAAUGUUAAGUUUGAAUACACAAUACAGAACUUUUGGAUUCCUUUUUUGUUUACAUAUUGUCAUCAAUUCCACUUCAGGAAAUAAUCAAAAAGAUAUAGUUUCAACCAAUCACCAUUUGACUAAUACUAUUUCAGAAAAAACAUUCAGCCAGUUUUUUCCCACAUCUUUCUGCUUCUUAACUACAGAAAAAAACGAAUACAGGGAAAUACUUCUACAAACAAGUCAUCAGACCUAGAGCCAGACAUAUUUAUGUGAACCAGUAUAA